AGAAAACGAAAAUGUCUGUGGCGACGGAGGAAAUCAAAGCCAAAGGAGCCGAAGUCUACAAAGGAGACGAGAUUUGCCAAGAGAAAUCCAAGGAAUUGCUGAAGGAAAUCGGUCUCCCAAAUGGGCUUCUGCCAUUGAAGGACAUUGAAGAAUGUGGGAUCGUGAGAGAAACAGGGUAUGUGUGGCUGAAGCAGAGGAAGAACACGACCCACAAGUUCGAGAAGAUCGGGAAGCUGGUGUCGUAUGCGACGGAGGUCACGGCGGUUGUGGAGAAGAACAAGAUCAAGAAACUCACCGGAGUUAAGACGAAGGAGCUUCUGAUUUGGGUGAGUUUGAGUGAUAUCUAUGUGGAUGAUCCACCCACCGGAAAGAUCACGUUUCAGACUCCGGCGGGAUUGUUUAGGACUUUUCCGGUGUCGGCGUUUCAGGUUGAAGAGCCGUUGAAGCAGGUGAGUGAAAAGGAACAUGGUGUGGGCGCUGUCGGAGUCAAGGAGGUCUGAUCUGUAUGUCUUGUGGUUUUAUAUAAUGAAAUGAAUGUUUUAUAGCUAAUAAAUUAUGUGUUGUAGCUUGAGAAUUUGGUUUGCUGUCUGAUACUGUCUGGAUUUGGGAUCAUUGCAUUCAUGUUUGUAUUAAUGGUGCCUUGAUCUCU